AUGCACUUCAACCGCGACAUGUCGCCACUCACCCGUUCAGGGGUUCUGGCGAUACGAUCUAAUCCCAUUGACUCGGCGGACAGCGGAUGUUUCUACAACGUCCCCUUCGACGCCUCUUCCACCAACGCAUGGGCCCAAAGGUUCGACAGGUCGAGGGCUACCCAAUUCUUCCUCGUCCGCCACGGUGAUGUGACGGCUGCAACGCCAAAGCUUUGUCGGCCCAGUCUCGCCUUGGUCUCCAGCGUGGCAGCUGGGCGUUGGAACUACUCGAGGGCCAGGGCUGUGGACACUUGGUGUUAUUUCCGCACCAGCGUCGCCUUGACGCUGCUGUCAUUGCUUUCCCCUGUGGGAUGGCGUGGAGGCGAUGGGCGCGGCCGUCCUUCUGAAAGUACUCGGGGCAAGGGCGACGUACACCCACGAAGCCAUCAGUGGCAGCUUCUGCGCCUACAAGGGUACAGCGACGCCGUGGAACACGACUCGCACACGAUCGGGACCAUGGCGGGGGAUAACGGCAUCGUUGUGGCCCCUCGUGCCCAGUGA